AUGGUCAAAACAGAGAAGAUUAGCAACUUUUCUAAUGAAGCACCCAAAGCAGCUGAAAGGAGGCAAACAUGGCAACUCAGCAGCUCCCUCCUGCCCCAGCCCCUCACAGACCCUCCCUCUCGGACCCCAGACUCAGUCCAGACCGAGGAGAAUCCGGCUCAAAACGAGUCUUUGGAGCACGCACCGUUCAACAGUCCGGCCUGCAGCGGCACGCUUCUGACGCCCGCCCCGGGACCCCCUCUGCGGCACGAGAGCGCAUUCAUGUGGGCUUAUCCCCCCGUGGGGGGUGCGGAGCUGGGGGCUGGGGGCGGGCCCCUCUGGCUCACAUAUAAGCGGACUGAGGCCGGACGUGUGCCACAAGCACAGGCACGAGCAGCCUCAUCCCAUUCCGCUCACGAGACCUGCGCACGAGCUGACAGAGCCGCACGAGCGCACACUUCAGACAGACUCUGCCCCUCUGCCGCAGGAGUCUCCGACCUCCCGGUGUCUUCCCGGUGUCCUCUCGGCGUCUUCACCGUGUCCUCCCGGUGUCCUGCAAUGGAGUCCGUCUUUGACGUGGACAGCAACAGCUGCGACAUGUAUGCGCACUCUGAUGAGGAACGCGUGCACGUGGAGCCAGAGCAGAAGAAGAGACGGCGGGGGCGCGCACGCGGUGAGCCGCAGGUGCACGUGGUGAAGAAGAACCGCAGGGUGAAGGCCAACGACCGCGAGCGGAACCGCAUGCACAACCUGAACGACGCACUGGACUCGCUCCGCCGCGUACUGCCGGCCUUCCCUGAUGAGACCAAACUGACCAAGAUCGAGACCCUGCGCUUCGCCCACAACUACAUCUGGGCACUGUCCGAAACCAUCCGCAUCGCAGACUUACACGGGCCUGGCUCACACCCCCUCACGCACGCGCUCAUACAGAGCCCGGCAUGGAGCCACUGCUCCGACUCCAGCUCUCCGUCCUAUUCCAGCCCGGACAGUCCCGAGGACUACAGCCCCGCGGAGCCAGGCCCCGGGAGGCCUCUCACUGACAGCUCCUCACAGCGGGACCACAGUUCCCUGCAGCGGGAGUACGGCAGCUCACAGCGCACUGCUCUAGAGCGGUGCCGCAACAAUGUGGCAUCAGACAGUCUCCUCCUGUUUCACUGGAGGCCUCUACUCUCGGCCUCCAAGACUGUGCCUCGGAAGGCCUCCAAGAUUGUGCCUCGGAAGGCCUCUCAGACUCUCCCGCAGAAGGCCUCUCAGACUCUGGGUCCUGCACAUUGCUCUGCCCCGUGCCGCUGA